UUUUAACCAAACCUGGCAACCUUGUUUCCCGCUAUUUUUAUCUUCCGGAUUUAAGCAAGGCUCAUGGCAGCAGAUAGCACAAUGUGUAAUGGCCAAGAAACGGCCUCCAUGAACGGAGAGCCGUCUUUCAAGCGACAUCGGGAGAGUGGACAGGUCGAGUCCCUGCGGAUUCCGAAGGAACCUCGGAAUAAAGUAACCGUGGUCCUCGGUGCGCAGUGGGGAGACGAGGGAAAGGGGAAAGUGGUUGACCUGCUAGCACUGGACGCGGAUUUAGUCUGCCGGUGUCAGGGAGGCAACAACGCAGGCCACACAGUGGUGGUGGACUCUGUGGAGUACGACUUCCACUUGCUGCCCAGUGGAGUGCUCAACAAGAAGGCUGUCUCGUUUAUUGGGAACGGGGUUGUGAUACACCUGCCUGGCCUCUUCGAGGAGGCUGAAAAGAACCUGCAGAAAGGCAACGGACUGCAAGGAUGGGAGACGCGGUUGAAGAUAUCUGACCGUGCUCACAUUGUGUUCAACUUCCACCAAGCUGUUGAUGGGAUCCAGGAACAACAGAGACAGCUACAGGCGGGAAACAAUUUGGGAACCACCAAAAAGGGCAUAGGACCUGCCUAUUCUUCCAAAGCUGCUCGCAAUGGACUGCGAGUCUGUGACCUUGUGUCUGAUUUCACUGUCUUUGCGGAGAAGUUCCGUGUGUUGGCAGGGCAAUUCCUGACUAUGUACCCCGACCUAAAUGUUGACAUUGACAAUGAGCUGCAACAACUGAAGGUGUAUGCUGAGAGGUUGCGGCCCCUUGUCACCGAUGGGGUGUACUUCAUGCACAAGGCCCUCACUGGACCCAGUAAGAAGAUUCUGGUGGAGGGAGCCAAUGCAGCCCUCUUGGAUAUUGACUUUGGCACCUACCCGUUUGUGACAUCCUCUAACUGCACUGCUGGGGGGGUGUGCACUGGCCUGGGUGUGCCCCCGUCCUAUGUGGGGAGAGUGUAUGGUGUGGUCAAGGCCUACACCACCCGGGUGGGCGUUGGCGCUUUCCCCACUGAGCAGGACAAUGAGAUUGGCAACUUGUUACAGUCCAGAGGGAGGGAGUUUGGUGUGACGACGGGCCGGCGGCGCCGCUGUGGCUGGCUUGACUUGAUCCUUGUCAGAUACGCCCACAUGGUCAACGGCUUCACUGCCAUCGCUCUGACCAAGCUUGACGUCCUCGACACGCUGCCAGAGAUCAAAGUGGGUGUGUCCUACACUGUAGAUGAUGAAUCCCUUCCCAGUUUUCCUGCCAAUAUGGACAUGCUGAUGCGGGUGUCAGUGAAGUACGAGACGCUACCUGGAUGGUGCUGCAGCACUGAGGAUGUGCGGUGCUUUGAGGAGCUGCCCCCUCAGGCACAGAGCUACAUCCGCUUCAUCGAGGAAUUCUUGCAAGUGCCAGUGAAAUGGGUUGGAGUUGGGAAAUCCAGAGAAAGCAUGAUCAAGCUGUUCUGAUCAGUUUGGGAACUGAUAUCUUUUGGUUUUCUUGCCAUUACAACAGCUGAUUGGGAGAAGAAUGAUGUUGAAUACUUGGAUGACCAUAAACCUUGGGUUAAAGUCCCAAAAUCUGUGCUGCAGAAAAGCAAUAACUUCACCAGCAACGUUAUUAGUGAAAUGUAUAACCUGCAUUCUAUAGCUUUCUUUUCUUCUGAUAUGACAAUAUAUUGACCAUUAUGUUCAUCCUCUGUGUGUAAUGGACAGACGGGUAUUAAAUCUUAAACAACUGUGGUAACCAUACCAGGCUUUCAUCAACCAUUUCAUUGAAGUAGUAAUAUGUUUUUACAACUGUUUGGGUUGUUUUUUUGUUUGCUUUCUUUUAAAACAAGAUUUUAAAAUUA